UCUCGUCGCGAGCUGGUGGUGCACCGCGUAUUGAAACCGCAUCGUAUGCAUACGUAUGGCAUGUGAAUUCCUCAACUGUACGAUUUAGUUUCAUACCUGAGUGAAUAUCGGAGUAGUUCAGAAGAUGCGUGUGGCGUGCGCUUGACCACGGACGGGCUGCUAAGCGCACUGGCCCGUCUCCGCCGCGUCCCGCACCCCGCGCCCACACGAAACGCGGAUGGGCGCAACCAAUCUCCCAAAAUCCAAUCUUCUAGGCCCUCCCCUGAACUUGCCGCAGGUGACAGUAUGACGGUUGCCCGCGGUGAGGAAUCCCCAGAGCGGCUGGGCGGAGCCCUACGGCGCCUCCACUACAGAGCUACACGCCGUGCCCACUCAGCUGCCGCUCGACACCACUCAAACACGCCAAAGGUAGUGGUGAUGAGCAGCAGCACAACAUCCGAUAAAACCAUAAACACCAGCACAGACUCUGCAGCCACAGCCCUCACCUCCAUCACCGGGACCGAUGACUCCAUGGACGCAGAAGCCGACCCCCCAGAACUCCAAAACCUUAUAGACGACACCCCUCCACCCAACCCCCAAGGAAACCCUCCCUCUACAGCACCCCCACAUUACCACAGGGGGCAGGACAGCGGAGAAUUUGACCCCCCAUCCUACGCUAUUCCCCAGUCAGCCACAGACACCUUGGAUUCACCUAGGCCUGGACCAGCGAGGUUUAUCUUCGAUGUACCUAUGCCAGAACCUCAUCAGAAUCACAAGAAACCUGAAAAGCCCCGUAAUAAAACUCAAGUAAGCCAACCGAAUCCCGACCUAACAGCGCCCUCUACGUCAAUGCAAUAUGACAAAAUAGAACCACCAAAAAGUCCAAAAGUUACACAAACAAAAUACGAAACGCACUUCAAUUUUGAACCCGAAGCUGUAAGGAGAGGAAGUGAGCCCAGGGUCAAGAAAGACAAGGAAUAUUAUAAGGAUGAAGUGGCGAGGCUGCGGAAGCAACUAGAGGGGACAGAAGUCUUUACCAGAAGGAGAUCAACCCACCAGCAUUCCGUUCCACCAGCAUCUUCAAGACGACAAUCUACUGCAGCUCAAGUCCACGUUACGGCAAAUCCUUUGGACUCAGCAUCUUCUAUGCCGGCUGGUCGUACCACCAUCGUCGUGCAGCAGCCUUCCCUCUCCCUAGACUACGGUGGAUGUUCGACCAUCCUCAUCAGAGACGGAGAAGACGCUAGACGGAAUAGCAGGGCCUGUGAUCACAUCCAGCAGUUGUUAGACGUUACCAGUCAGUUCACUUCGGAAGAUUUGCACGAGUUUGAUAAAAGGUAUGGCAGUCCCCACCACUCAAGAUCCCAGUCUGUCAAAGCAGCAAGGUCACGCACUGGUGAAAGACAACUCCUUGGGCUGCCACAACAGAGGGCCAGGGUUGCAUCUAUGCCAAACACUGGUGUCGAAGAGGAAUACUAUCGGUUACGGCAUUUUAGUAUUACAGGUAAGGGAGUGGUGAAUCGUGGAGACUCUCUGCGAUCCAGAAGGUCCAGGUCAAACACAUCGGUAGCAUCCAGCGCCUCCAGUACGGAAGCUGUAACCAGAGCGUCUGCUCCUUGUUCGCUGGCAUCUUCCAGGGACUCGUCUGCUGGUCUCAGUUCAUACCGAGUGGUGGUGGUGGGCGGGCCGGGCGUAGGAAAAUCAAGCCUUGUGGGACAGUUCAUGACCUCGGAGUAUUUACACGCCUACGACACUAGUAUAGAUGACGAGUCAGGCGAGAAGUCAGUAUGUGUGCUACUAGCGGGAGAAGAGUCGGAGAUCACAUUCUUGGACUCACCACCAGACAAUCUUAUUUCUGAGGGCUGCGCACAUGGCUACUGCGUAGUCUAUUCGACUGCGGAUCGAGCCAGCUUUGCUGAAGCGGAACGGCGUCUUCAGGUAUUAUGGGCGGCGGGACAUACGGCACGCCGGGCUGUGAUACUAGUCGGGAAUAAGGCGGACCUGGCGCGCUCGCGGGUUGUGCCCACGGACGAGGGCAAAACUCUAGCUACGUCAUACGAGUGCAAGUUCAUAGAGACAUCUGUUGGCAUCAACCACAAUGUGGACGAGUUACUGGUGGGUCUGCUCACUCAGAUCCGUUUGAAACAGCAACACGCCGAACGUGUCAGAAAGCGAAGCAGUUCCCGCAAGAAUAGGAGCCGCGCUCGCUCUCCUCUUGAAGAUGUUGCUGCCCCCGCCGCUGCUCCCUCGUCCGCUUCCAGCACGCCACGGAAACGAACUCGCCUCUCUGCCAGUGUUAAGGUCCGUGGUCUCCUUGGUCGUGUAUGGGCGCGCGACUCAAAAUCAAAAUCAUGCGAGAAUCUCCACGUACUCUAGCAUUCGGUUGCCGAGCCCGUCGCCUGUUUCCCCUUCUUUGACUGCGCUGUCACUUAUUCUUAGGGAAAUAGCCCCCUAGCGUGACCUCUGUUUGACCCCUAUCAAACCGUAGCGACCUCUUACGAAAAAAGAUCAUUAAAAACAUAUGUAUUUUAUGCAAUAUUGAUAUCUAAAAUUGAGUAUAUACGAUAUAUUCAAUUUUAUACACAAGUAGUUUUUGUAAACAUAAUACAUUUCGUAUUAAAAUGGACAGCUUUUAGUAAGUUUUUCCAUUUUGGUACUAAUGUAUGAUUCCAAUUAUCGCCCCUAUUUUAAGUCCCAUUGAGGUCCAUCAAAUUAGUGAUUUAAUUUAAAAAUAUUAAUUAACGUCCAAAAUUACUUAAGCGUCCAUAUUGUAUUUUCUUUACAAAUGCAAUAAUUUUUAUUUAGAGUAGAUUUUUUAAUUUUUUAAUUUAAUUUCUUUAAUAUAGUUCUUUAAUAUAGUCAGGAGGAGGCGUCACGCUGUAUUCUUGGGGGAAGACGGGCCGGUGAGAGAUGAAUUUUAAAUUUUGUAUCGUUAGUGAACGAAAAUAUGGUUACAACGCCAUCUAGUUACGAAUUUUGGUACUAUGAGAGUGUCGGCGCACUUUGGCACACAUUGGCCGUACACACAAAUAUGAUUUGGCAUAUAUUUAUAUGUUACAUGAACGUUUAAGCUGUCGACGCAACAGCUCAAAACAACUUGCAACGGAUAUCUUAUUGUAAAUCAGUUUAAGCUUCAAAUAAGAGUGAAAUAAUAAAUUUGCAUGCUAAUUGCUAACAUUUGUAGCGCAAUGUUGACAUAAGACAUAAAUAUGCAUUCAAAAUGGCGGCUGGCAUCUUAUCUAUGGUGAUACUGUUCUUUUUAUAAAAAUCUAAUUCACAAUUCCCAUUUUGAAAAUUCAAGAAUUGUUCGUUUUGGUUAUAUCAUUUGUCACCAUAGAUAACAAAUUUAUACCACAGGUUAUACAAUGAUGAAUAGGCUUGGUAGAGGAAUUUGAAAGUAUUAGUAGGAGUAGUGGAUGCGUUACUAAUCAUUGCAGUGUGAAAAUAAUUGCGUAUUUUAUACAACUGAAUUUUUGUAUUUUUCCCUUUUUUGUCGUGAAUCAAUUAUUUUUACACUGUAUAGUAUAAAAAUACUAUUUUAUAAAAUGUAUUAUUAUGGAAAUUAUAUGUGAUCCCCGUGUCUCCUAAAUGUAAUGUUCAUUCACACCAAUUAGUAUUAAUAGGACCUAUUUAAUAUAAUAUACAAUUAAUGUAUGGAAUUUUACGAGUCGUUAUAAUCUCUUUUUGUUAAUACAAAUUUUAUCAAGUUUAUUAACCUUUCGAAAAUAGUGCUGCAAUUAUUCAAACGGAAUAGCGAUAUUGACAACUAACUGUCAAAUUUAUGGCCAGAGUUAAGGCAGAUUAAAUGUGGUUGUGGCACUAUAUACUGUUUGACAAAUAUAAAAUAGUGAUUGCUUGAUCUUAGCCAAAACCUUCAGCUUCAUUCUUGGUAAACCAGUUUUGGGUCCACGAAAACAAUUAAACGAAUUAGUUAUAGGCGUUAUAAGCCUUUGUGAAGGGUAUAAAUGUUUUGAAUACCUAUACACAUUAUAUAGCAAAACCUCUUUAAAUUUUUAAAAUUGGAAUAAAAUUCUGGCCCUUUCUCUGUCAAGUUGACAAGUUUUAUUUUUUAUUUCAACCUUUUUUAAAUUUGGAAGCAGAUUCCCAUGUAUGGUUUUGUAUAUUCUAUUUAAUUAGGUUUUGCUAUAUUCUGUACCAUACCAGUAAUAAAAUACACCAUUAACAUCUGGAUAGAUGUACUCGUAAUAGACAUUUUUGAGUGCCUCAAUUAGUGAAUUUGUUAAUCCCUCCGAAAUACCUGUUUGCCUUAUUUUAAUAGAAUUCCUUUAUGCGUGUGUAAUAGAAGCUAGAUUGAAUAAUACCAAAAAUAUUAAAAUAUACUUGAGGUAUAUUUUAAUGGCUUUGAUUGAUGUGUGUAGAUAUAAGUAAUUUGUGUCAAUGUAUUUUAAUAUUUUUCUAAGCAGCUCUAAUGAUCUACUAUUUAUGCGAGUAUCGAACUGUAAAAUAAUUUUUAAAACGCCUGAUUAUUACAAUUAUUUACCGACGUUUUGAGUACACAAGCACAUUUGCUUUUACAUUCAAAAUAAUACUUAUGACAAUUAGCAGUUUAUUCCGAUUAUGUAUUUGUUUAAUUUGAUUAUCAUUUUAAUACUGGCUUAUAUUGUUCCCAAAAUUCUUCUAUUAUGAGAUUUUAACCAGUGUUUUCCCACCGUUGACACUUUUUUUAAUACAUUAAAAUAGCUAUGAGCUGCUUGAAAAUUGAAAUGUAUCUAAAUGUCUAUUGAAGAACAAUUUAAUAUUAAGUCACGUAGGAUAAAUAUACUUUGAUAUUUCAUAGCACUUCAUAUGGCGUAUAAAGAAGUAUCAAUAAAGUUUUAGUUCCUACAGUAAUUCUUUAAGAUUUCAAUGUCACGAAAUUGUUCAAAAAAUGUGUAAAAAGGCACACUUUUUUUGAACAAUUUCAACAAAACAAAACAAAGAACAAGGUCCUUUAGUGUAGACCUUAAUUCAAUUCGAUCAGGAAUUAUCAAAGAAUAUUUAUCCUUAAUCAUAUAAAAGCUUAAACCCAGGGUCCAAACUAAACACCAAUUCCACUUUCACCCUUGGACUUUCCUGGCUCAUCUAUCAUCAGCAGUAGUAUACCAAGAAUACCCGUAUUCCAAAACCCUAUAAUCUAGUUUCAAGCAUUCCAUAACCAAAUUUGGCAGAUGGAACUAUAACUUUAUUCACGUUUUAGAAUUCGGGUUCUAUCGAUAGCAAAGGUUAGAGAUUCAGGGAUGAGACAAUAAUGUUCAAGAAUUAGAAAUCGAACAACGUUUAAAAAUGUAAAAACGGUUUUCAGAAGAACUCAAAUUGUUUAAAAGAUUUUCGUACUUUUAUCCGAUUCACUAACAUUGGAAUGUAAACAUUAAUCGACAUAAUGAUUGUAUGAUGUGACAGAGGUAUAUCAAGAACUUUAUAAUUUGUGAAUCCGUGUGUGGAAUUUCGAUCAAACGUUACGAACAUUAAAAUAGCCAAUGCUAAAAUGCUUGGUUACAUAAAUUUCUAAGAUACUACAUAUCAUUAGAAGAAACUAUGACAGCGUCGGUAUUCUGUAACUCCCACUAACGAUCCUUAUAGCGUACCUUUCACCGAAGGUAUCGGAUAUUCAGAGAACUAUCCAUCAAAAUCGAAAAUUAGUAAUCGAAAUUGCUUAUAAACAUGUCGAAAUGGCUUUUGCAGUCACUGUAGGAACACAGAACCGGAGCUAUUUCGGUUUGAUAAUCUUAAACUAUACUUUAAUCUGUAGACCAGUGUUUCCCAACGUUGGGCCCACGCCCCAAUGGCAAUUUGAUUGUUGGCUUUUCGAAACUUCAAGUAAUUUUAAUAAGGUUUUCAUUAUGUUUUGAAAAUUUACUUACUGUGAUUCGUUAACAAUUUCCUAGUCAUUUUUCUCAUACCUAUAAUUUAAGUAACUUAAGUAAACAAUCCAAUUCUGUAAUAUUAAAAGUACUUAUAAGAAUUUUAGAAAGGGACAAAAAUGUUGGGAAACACUGCUCUAGACAAUUUCACAGUAUUAGGACAUCUUAGAGGUGACAAUCCUGUCACAGCCGACUAUAAAAGAAUGCAUUGCAGGUACUUCCCAAUACCUCAGUCACAUCAUCGUAAGUUAUGGUAAAUAGAGCAGUGAUGCGCAAAGGCAAGACCAAAGCUUAUGUUGUUCUUAAGAAUUAUGAUAAAAAAUCUCUUCGUCGACAAAUUUGAAUUCACCAUAGUUUUUUAGCAUCUUUUCCAACUACUGCUGCUUUUCUAAGCUUCAAACGAGGUCCCCAAGUCUGAACCUAACGUAAGUUCAAGCCUAAAGUAAUCCCAUUGGACCAUGUAAAGCAAUACCUGUAAGUGUAGGGCAUAGAUUGUCUUAAACGUAGGCGUAGCUUACCUUAGACUUUUGUAUCCGGGCUGAGUACAAAUUUAUAUUUUCAAAAGUACCUGAGGUCCUCAGAAUACCUUAUGGAACGAGUUGCCAUCUUGUAGAACAUAAAUGAAAUCAUCUAGUUUCAAGAGCUGUCAAAAUAUAUCAGUUUAAAGACUAAUUUUGAGUUUGGAAAAAUCUAGUUCUAAUUACCAAUUGUAGAUGGCGCUUUGAUCAAUUUGGUAAAAUAAACAAUAAAAUAUAAAUUUGAACUAAGUCAUAAUUAUAUGUAAUGUCCUAAUUAUAUGUAAUGUCCUAAAACAUUUUCAAUUA